GUCCACAAGUCUUAAAGUUGCCAAGGUUGGAGACCCUUGUUUUAGUGGACUGAUAAAAUUUCUCUUUUCUAACAAACCUGAUCUGGUUUCUACUUUCCUGGCUCCCUUGUGCAAACGAUGGCAUAGCUCAUGUCCUCUACGAGUGUCCGAACGGCUGAUGCCAAGCUCUCGUGUUUCUCUCUAGAUUCAGGUUUCAUCACCUACCCGCCCAUUUCCACGUCCCACACUCCCUGGGUGACCACAGUGGACAAGGCCUCCAGCGCUUCGGACAGCGGCCCCUGGGAAUACGUGGGCUCAAGGCGAGAGAGGGAGCGAGACCGGACACCCACCACAAGUGAAUACAGCAAUGACGAUGAGAGGUACCGUUAUUACAGCCGUGAACGCAGUUACGAUUUUGAGCAUGGUGACUACCGCCGGAGUAGAGAUCGCAGUCGGGAGCGAGAAGAUCGUCACCGGGAAAGGAGGCACAGGGACAAAGAAGAGAGCAGCAAACAUAAAUCGUCUCGGCGCAAGCAGCAUGAGGGCGAAGAAGGGGAAGGCCACCGCCGACACAAGCACAAAAAGAACAAGCACAACAAAGAGGAGAAGGAGGCGAGCGAAGAUGGACUUGCAGGAGGAAACGAGCAGGACGCCAAGGAGUAGCGCUCCUGGACUCCCUCCGCCAACCAGGAGGGGUGCCUCUCCGGCCGACGUUUCCCUUUU